CUUUACCCUAUCUCUCAUGGCUUCUUCUGCGACUCAUGUUAGAAGAUAUCAUGUCUUCCCGAGCUUCCAUGGCCCGGACGUCCGUAGAACAUUUCUCAGUCAUUUACAGCAUCACUUUGCAAGCAAGGGAAUCACGGUGUUUAAAGAUCAGGAGAUCAAAAGAGGCCAGACGAUUGGACUGGAACUCAAACAAGCAAUAAGAGAAUCGAGGGUCUCGAUCGUGGUGCUCUCAAAGAAGUAUGCUUCUUCGAGCUGGUGUUUGGAUGAAUUGGUCGAAAUAUUGAAAUGUAGAGAAGCUUGUGGGAAGAUAGUGAUGACGAUUUUUUACGAAAUUGAUCCGUUCCAUGUUCGGAAACAGAUUGGGGAUUUUGGAAGGGCUUUCCGGGAAACUUGUUUUAGCAAAACUAAGAAGGUGAGGCUGAAAUGGAGCAAAGCUUUGACUGAUGUCGCAAACAUAGCAGGAGAACAUUCUCUACGUUGGGAAGAUGAAGCUAAGAUGAUCGAAAAAAUUGCUGCUGAUGUUUCAAACAAACUGAAUGCUACACCAUCGAAGGAUUUUGACGGGAUGGUGGGAAUGGAAGCGCACUUGAGAAAGGUAAACGCUUAUUUACACCUUGAGUGCGAUGGAGUGAAAAUGAUUGGAAUUCAGGGUCCUGCGGGUAUUGGUAAGACUACAAUUGCUAGAGCUUUGUUCAACCAGCUUUCUGCCAAUUUUCAACUUAAAUGUUUUAUAGAGAACCUCAAGGGAAGUUAUGGGAGUGAUGUUAUUGAUGACUAUGGUUCGAAGUUGUGUUUACAAAACCAACUUCUUUCCAAGAUUUUGAACGAAAAGGAUAUGACGAUAGAUCAUUUAGGUGCAAUAAAGGAAAGGCUACUAGACCAAAAAGUCCUUAUAGUUCUUGACGAUGUAGAUGAUCUUGAACAAUUAGAUGUCUUGGCUAAAGAACCAUCUUGGUUUGGUCUAGGAAGUCGGAUUUUUGUUACCACAGAAGAUAGACAGAUAUUGAAUGCACAUUGGGUAAACUAUAUCUACCAUGUGGGUUAUCCGUCUGAAGAAGAAGCUCUUGAGAUCUUAUGUCUAUCUGCUUUUCAGAAAAAUUCUCCACUGGUUGGUUUUGAAGAGCUUGCAAAAAAAAUAACAAAUUUUUGCGGUAGUCUUCCGUUAGGCCUUCGUGUUGUGGGUUCAUCUUUGCGUAGGGAGAGCAGGCAUGAAUGGGAACGUCAAUUAUCUAAACUAGAAACUAGUCUUGAUAGAAAGAUUGAAAACGUGUUAAGGGUCGGAUAUUGCAAAUUAUCGAAGAAAGAUCAGUCUCUAUUUCUCCACAUUGCUUUGUUUUUCAACAAUGAAACUGUUGAUCAUGUGACAACCAUGCUAGCUGAUAGUAACUUGGAUAUUAGCAACGGGAUGAAGACCCUAGCUGAUAAAUCUCUUGUGCAUAUAUCUACCAUAGGGUGGAUAAAGAUGCAUCGUUUACUCCAACAAUUAGGGAGGCAAUUAGUUCAUGAACAGUCUGAUGAUCCCGGGAAACGUCAGUUUUUAGUAGAGGCCGAAGAGAUUCGUGAUGUGCUGGCAAAUGAAACAGGUACUGGAUCUGUCAUAGGUAUAUCAUUUGAUAUGUCCAAGAUCAGCGAGUUCUCUAUAACUGGGCGAGCUUUUGAAGGAAUGCGUAAUCUUCGAUUCUUAAGAAUCUAUGGGAGAUAUUUUAGCAAAGAUGUUACGUUGGGAAUAUCAGAGGACAUGGAAUAUCUACCUCGUCUAAAGUUACUACAUUGGGAUUCAUACCCGAGAAAACGUCUUCCUCAAACAUUUCGACCGGAAUGUCUCAUCGAGCUCCGUAUGCAAUUCAGCAAGCGCGAGAAGCUUUGGGGAGGAAUCCAGGUUGGUAUUUGAUAUUCUGAAAUAUGUUUUUAAUGAUUCAACCUAAUUAUGAUUUGAAGAUGAUGAUGGUGUUUGUGUAUAUAUGUGUUUUCUUGUGCUAUCUUUUUUCUGUGAUUUUUCCCUUAAAAUUUCAAUGUAAGAAUGUUGUUUUCCAUCUGGUAAUGUAGUUCCUGAAGUUUGAUCAAA